AUGCCCCGCUCAUUUUUGGUGAAGAAGAUCAAACUUGAUGAUUUCUCUUCAUCCAACGCGGCUGCCAACAAUCACCAUCAGCAUCUGGACGACUCGUUGACUUUCGCACGCUCCAUCACAGACUCGGUGACCAGCCUCGGCGUUCGUCUGAGCGAGAAUGGCUACAUCCAGGAUUACAUCACGCCAUCUGUAUACCGGGGGGAGAAGAAGAUGGAGCACAAGCUGGUUUCGGACCCACUGUACACCCACGUGAGCAGCGGCGGCGAGUACUGCGACCCCGACCUGAAGCACCCCGACAGCCCCCAAUCAGGCAUGACGGCCAGCGGUUUCUACAGCGGUGAGUCGGAGGCCUUGGACGAGGGUUACACCAUGGAUGCCUUCUUCAUCUCCGACGGGCGCUCGAGAAGGAAGGGCGACGGCGAGGGUCGCGAGGGUGGCUCGAGGAGCAGCAGCGUCAACGCCGGUCUGCAGGAGAGCGGCGUCGCUGGAUCCGCUCGCCAUACCUGCAACGAGUGCGGCAAGACCUACGCCACCUCUUCCAACCUGAGCAGACACAAGCAGACGCACCGUAGCCUGGACAGCAAGAUGGCCCGCAAGUGUCCCACCUGCAGUAAAGUCUAUGUGUCCAUGCCGGCCUUGGCCAUGCACAUCCUCACCCACGACCUCAAGCACAAGUGCGACGUGUGCAGCAAGGCUUUCAGCCGCCCCUGGCUCCUCCAAGGUCACAUGCGGUCCCACACGGGGGAGAAGCCCUUCGCUUGCGCCCACUGUGGCAAAGCCUUCGCUGACCGCUCAAACCUCCGCGCCCACAUGCAAACACACUCUGCCUUCAAGCACUACAGAUGCAAGCGCUGCAAUAAGACCUUCGCUCUCAAGUCCUACCUGAACAAGCACUAUGAGUCGGCUUGCUUCAAGGGCUCCGCAGACGAAGACGACUCGGCAUCAGACAACUGA